GGAGGAGGCGAAACCGGCGCUGGGGGUGGGAGCCAUCUGGUACCUCGGUAGCCUACAGAACAGCACCAGCACUCAGGACAGAAAUGGCCAGCCAGUCCCAGGGUAUCCAACAGCUCCUGCAAGCUGAGAAACGGGCCGCGGAGAAGGUGGCGGAUGCCAGAAAGAGGAAGGCCCGGCGGCUGAAGCAGGCCAAGGAGGAGGCGCAGAUGGAGGUGGAGCAGUACCGUCGGGAGCGGGAGCAGGAAUUCCAGAGCAAGCAGCAGGCUGCCAUGGGCUCCCAGGGGAACCUGUCGGCUGAGGUGGAACAGGCUACGAGGCGCCAGGUGCAAGGCAUGCAAAGCUCCCAGCAGAGAAACCGUGAGCGUGUCCUGGCCCAGCUGCUUGGCAUGGUCUGUGACGUCAGGCCCCAGGUCCACCCCAACUACCGGAUUGCUGCCUAGAACCCACCGUCCGGCCUGGCUCCUUCCGCCAGUUCCCUCCCUCAAAGGGAUCCCUCAAAUCAGCAUCACCUCCCACUUCUGUUCCCUGGAGAUUCUAGGAGGCAGGACCUAGUAAUUGUCCUGUGAAACCUGCACUUCCUGCUCUGGCCUGCAUCUCCCUGAUGCUCUUUAACCCUCACUGGGACAUUGUCAGCUUCCACGUCACACUGACCUGAACCCUGUCGUCAAAUCCGUUUCAUGGAGAAGUAGAGAUGUGCAAAACACACUGACUGCAUAGCCUGCAGAUCUGGGCCCCUCGCCCGACCCUGCCACCUGCUGGCUGUGCCGCUGGGAUCAGCUCCUUAACCUGGUAGCUCGUGCCCCUCGGUGGAACUGGAGUAAGAGCAAGGCCUGCCGUGUGCGGCUGUCGCAGUGUUGAGUCCUUUUGAGAGCCUGCUGCCUGACCUGUAAGAGCCGCGAUUCUAUAAAGGGCAACCCUGUGACAGUCUCCCCAACCCUUGCUCAUCUGCUAGAACCUAAACUCAGCUGUUCCCUCGCGUCUGCCCGUCUGUCCGUGCCUGAUUCUGCACAUGCUGUUACGCUCGCUGGUGAUUCUCUGCAGACUGGGUUUUCACCAGCUCUUUUCCCAAAGAACCUUAGGCCCUGUGGGCAGAAGGAAUGAUGACCUCAUUCAGCCCCUCUGUCACGGCUCCAGGGGGGCGGUCUGUAUCUCAUCAGCUGCUCACUGCUUCUGGGAUCUAAAGCAACGAUGCACCCCCCCCCCAUGCAUGGCCUCCUCCUCACGCCCUCAUCUUUGUAACAGUUAACAAUUAAGUCAAUAAAAUAAGUAUGGUUGAACAA